CAUUUGGCAUUCUGAUCACUGUUCAUACCGAUAAGCACAUACUAGUAUUUCUGACACAAGUCUUUGCUUGUCUACUGAUUUCCAAGUUCAGUUGCUUGAUACUCCAUGGUCUGGUCUUCGGUCAAUGCUAGAGCAAAUCAUGGGUCACCAAGGUUAGCUUCAGUGUCUAAUGGCCAUAACGGAUCUUCACCACCGGCACAGCCAGCACCAAUAGUAACGAAAAAGUACGCACAACCAUUCCGAGCCACGGGAGAUACAUUGGCAUGCCUAGUUGGUGCAUCCAUGACUGUGGUUGGACAGUCCGUUUUGGUCUUUGGCGGAUUCCACCAGUACACCGACGAUGUUUAUAACGACUUGUACCAGCUAACUGUACAUAACGGGCGAUACAAAUGGACCAACUUGCUUUAUAUAAAGGGAAAUCGGCCCUCAAAACGAAACGACCACUCAGCUGCGCUUUGGCAAGGGAAUAAACUGGUCAUUUUCGGAGGCUCAAGCGACGACGAAGUCUAUUGCAACGACGUAUCUGUACUUGACCUCACGACAAUGACCUGGCAUCAACCUGAAAUUCAUGGGCAGCUGCCUAUGGGACGUAUGAAACACUCUUCAACUAUUCAUAAUGACAAACUUUACAUCAGCGGCGGUAAGCUUUCUGGCAGCCACUUUAGCGACACCAUUGACAUUCUGGAUCUCAAAAAAUGGGUCUGGUUACCAAGUAUACCAUUUGUGAGAAGGUGCCAACAUAUCACCUUCUUCCAUCGCAAUCGUCUAUAUCUCUACGGUGGUCUAGCGGAAAAAAUGGACCGUUCCCACAAUAUUUCCUUUAUUAAUUUUGACACAUAUCAAGUCACAGAAUUACAAGUCAAUGCUCCCGAAACACCAUCCCUUGCUGGACAGCAUUUUGCCCAAGUGUGUGGAGAUGAUCUCGUGGUUGUAGUCACCAAUCCUAUCAAGCAAGUCGUAUCCGAAUCCACCGCAGGCGUAUGGAGUUUAGAUUUGACGUCCAUGACUUGGCGCAGGAGAGGUGGAGGAGCCCGAUUUGAUGCUGGACAAUGGUAUUACUUUGCCAUGGCAGAGCACGAUACAUCGUUUUAUCUAUUUGGGACCAGUGAAGAAGAAUCAGAAGAGUACUAUUCGCAAGUCCUCAAAGUGGAUCUUCAAGAGCAUGGCAUCUACGCAGUACCUCCUCCGCAAAUGGGCUCUGACCUCGUACAGAUGCUAACAUCCGAUGCCGGUCGACAACUGGCAGAUUUUUACAUAAUUUCUGGACAAGAUCAAACACCACCUAUUCAUGUCCAUCGCUUAAUCCUAUUGGCGCGGUGGCCUCACUUUGAAAACCUCAUUCAAUCCGGUAUGGCUGAAUCCGUCUCCAUGCACUUAAGGAUUCCAGAAUCCUACGACGUCGUCCAUGCUUUUGUCACUUUUCUGUACGCAGACUCUAUUGAUCAGUUUGACAUUGAUCUAGUUAGCGACCUGCUCGUUAUAGCCAACAUAUAUCUAUUGCCACGAUUACUUGCCCUCUGCGCUCGCCGAAUGCAUGCUCAUAUGGAUAUAGGUAAUGUUAGCAAGAUAUAUCAUUGUGCUGGCGUUGCUUCCCAGCGUGGACUUCAGCAGACUGCUCUGAAUUAUAUGUUUGAACAUUAUGGAGACGUAUCAAGGACAAUUGGUUUCCGGAAUCUCCCAAAGGAGGUGCUGCUUGAUUUUUGGGAUCAUACCCCAAGCAAUGCCAUUAUCACCACAAAAGAUAUGAUGCAAGUUGACCGAAUAGAAGGAACAGAAGAUACAGCUCCAACCAAUUAUCCAGGGGGUGGCGAAGAAGAAGACGAUGAGGAUGAAGAACAGGAUGACGACGACGAAAUCGUAAACUGACAAACUCACCUUUAGCAACACCUACACUCAAAAAUCAGUUACUGCUGCUCAACGAAAUACGUGCUGUCAUGAACCAAAAUUAAAAAAUGUGUUUUACGCACCACUUCAUCAGUCUUUCACUGAAUUACAGUAAAAUCAUAAUAUUCAUCAUUUGGCAAGACAAAGUUGUCUCAUUAAAGCUCACUAUUUUGACUAUCA